AUGGCACAUUUCUCCUACCAGCAGCCAUGGAUUUUAACUAAAUAUCCCACCGAGCAGAAUGAAUAUAUAUGUAAUGAGGACGCGCAAGGAAUGGCAGGACACCCCACUGACCAAAUUAAGGACAACCAGCAGCAUAUUCCACAAAGAAAUGAUAAUACAACAGAGAGAGAAUUCACAGACUAUUUUCUUGAAUUUGAAAACGGCUUGUACAAUAAUCCACAGCCAAAUUACAAUACUACACAGAAAGAAUUAACACACCCUUAUUUCAGAAAUUAUAGACAACUUCUAUGA